UGAACAGGAUGGAUGAUUACAAGAAAAACAUGUAUCAAUGUUCAUGUGGGCACCUGACUUUUGUUAACUUAAAAAUAGUGAACACGUCCUUUAAGAUAAUAUUCCUAAUAAGGGAUGACCUAGCCUUUUAUUGCAUGGUUGCGUAUUUCUCUCUCUUGUUUCCGUUGUUGUGUUUUUCAUUGGACCAUGAUGGUGCAGCACUGUGCGCAGCUUCGUGUGUUAGCAGUUAGCUGUAACGUUAUGUCUUGCGUUAGUCACAAGCUGGUCACGUAGUACAGCAAGCGAGAAAGCGGCAGUCGCCAUUUCAUUCUCCGAGACUCCAUGGUCAAGACGCAAAUUGCAGCUUAAAGAGUGAAGCGGAAGCUCCACAAUGGUGAAAAUAUUCAUUGGGAACCUGUCACCAGACACUACAUCCGACGAACUUCGCUCUCUCUUCUCCCAAUAUGGCAAGAUUGCAGAAUGCACUAUUGUCAAGAACUUUGGCUUUGUGCACAUGGAUGACAAAUCAGAGGCAGAAGAAGCCAUUCGCAACCUCCACCAUUAUGAGCUGAAUGGCCAGCCCAUGAAUGUAGAGUUGAGCCGUGGCAAGUCAAGAGGAUCCACCAAACUACAUGUUGGCAACAUUGCCUGCACCAACCAGGAGCUGAGGGCCAAGUUUGAAGAGUUUGGCUCUGUGGUGGAGUGUGACAUAGUAAAAAACUACGCCUUUGUUCACAUGGAGCGAAUGGAGGAUGCCAUGGAGGCCAUUAAUCAGUUAGACAACACAGCAUUUAAAGGCAAACUGAUGAGCGUGAAGCUUUCGACUAGCCGCCUGCGUACUGCGCCGGGAAUGGGAGACAGAUCGGGUUGUUAUCGUUGCGGGCAGGAAGGCCACUGGUCCAAAGAAUGCCCUCUAGACCAAAACGGCUACCACAGAAACGGCUCAGAGCCACAGUCUGAUGGAUACGAUGCCUUGAGAUUUGGCGGGCGAGGUCGCAACAGGGGUUAUCAUCCGGGCUUCAGUGGCGAUCCGGAUUAUGGUGGCGACUAUGCUCCUGUACAUGGUUUUUCCCGGGGUUCUGGUCACAGCAGCAGUGUGGUGGGGUACAGAAGGGGUGCGGGCUACGAGAGUGCAAUGAGAUACGGGCCGCACCCCGGUUACGGCAUAAGCGCUGUGGCUGAACAUAGCAUGGCUCGGAUGUACGGCAGCGAGGCGGCAUACAGGAGCAACGGCUCACUCUAUGGCGCGGUACCAGCCUACCCGAUGCGACGGUCGCCUUACGAGGAAAGAGAUCCGUACGGGGUCGUGGACUACUAUGAGAAGUACAGGGCCAAUUCGUACGGAGGCAGUUAUUUCGAGGAACGGCGCGCCGUCCCCUUGCCUGCUCCAUCAACAUCUUCCUCCACAGCUAUAAUGAGGGAACGUCUGCCCCCCUCUAGCCUUGACCCGUACGAGUGCCCUCCCCUCCCUCCUCCACCAGCCCCAGUCUCCUCAUACUACGCACGUGACCGGAGUCCGAUUCGGAGAGUCCCUGCCGAGGCAGAUGGAUACACAUAUGAGCGUUCGCGCCUUUCCCCGGUGCCCACCAUCCCAAGAAGCUCUACUUAUGACCAUCCGCGGGAUCCCGGCGCUGAGCGGGCACGAUAUACAUACUGACCCUUGUCCCAAACAGCUAGGUGAGAGCUGACUGACAUUAAGCGUGUAGGAUAGCCUAAGUGCCAUUGGAAUCACUGAAAAUUAAACUUCAAACUGUAUAUCUUAUUGAUAAUACCAGAGGCAAAAGUCCGCCCUCUGUCUGUGUGAGGCGUGUGGGUAGUAAGGCCCCAUUCAAGCUUGUCCAUCUUAAUACCCAGUGAGUAGGUUUCAAUGAGUGGUUGAAUGCAUUCACAUUAUGCUUUGAUCUCAUUCCAGUUUAUACUUCAAAGUGCAGCAGUACAACUAAUGCUCAGUUGACCUCCUUUCAUUGUCCUAUUUACAUGUUGUGGUAUUGGUGCAGCUCUGAGAUGGCUCAUCCCAAGUGUGGAAGUGCAGGUACUGGGUUUAUCUGCAACCCGGUUGACAGUCCCUUCAUGAUACUGUAAGAACAUAAUUUUUUUCCCCUCUGAAAGUAUCUCUAUUGUUCAUAUACUGUUUAGAUUCACUCAAUAGAAAAGUAUUAAAUUAGUGCAUGGUGCAUGUUUUAAAGGUGAGUCUUAUGGUUCCAUUCAUGAAAUUUAAUAAAUUCUUUUCAGCAGCAUUUAAUGUAUUACAAUGUGCAUUUUAGUGUAUUUGUGUACGUUCACAAUGUUACUGUGUAUGAUCACAAUGUUACUUACUUAAAUUUAAAUACUGUAUCAAUUGCAUUGUUUUACCUGUGGACUGUUCCAAAUAUCGACCCACACAGAGUAAAGAAACGGUUAGACUUUUUUUAAUUUGGGUUAUCAGACCUGUUGUGAAAUUAGUUGAAGAAACUCUUAAUCAAGCUGCAUUGUGAUCCUUAUUUUCUUUUUCAGUAGAGGCAAUACUUACAUGAAUUAGAUUUUUCUUGCGGUAAUAAAUAUGAGGCUUUACAUCUUGAACAUAUUUUGUAGUUUCAUUAUCAAUUUCCUAUGCUGUCUGUCUUGAUUUGUAACUUAGGUUAAAAUUAAAAUUUGUCUAAAGUCA